AUGUAAAUGUGGAACCCCAGUCAGCCGUGUGUUGGAGUUCGUUGUGGCUCUCUGCGUGGUGGCCUACGGGACCUGGGAAUCUCUGUUUGGGGAGUGGAGCUGGAUGGGAGCCUCCGUCAUUAUCAUACACUGCUAUUUCAACGUGUGGCUCAGAGCCCAGACCGGCUGGAGGAGCUUCCUGCUUAGACAGGAAGCAGCCAAGAAGAUCAACUCCCUCCCCCGGGCCACGGCCAAUCAGCUGCAGCAACACAACGACGUUUGUGCCAUCUGCUUCCAGGAAAUGAGCUCAGCCGUGUUGACGUACUGCGGACAUUUCUUCCAUGGAAACUGCCUGCGUAAGUGGCUCUACGUCCAGGAGACUUGCCCCAUGUGCCACCAGGCCAUCCGCCCCACCACGCCAGAAGACUUCCAGGCUGCUCCGACGCCCUCUAGAGGUACUGGGCCAGGCCGGGCAGAGGACAGGAGAGGCUCCAGAGAUCAGACUCCAGGCAGGGACGCCACACACCAGCCACCAGUUAACCUGCCAUCCCCAGGUUCCCUAGAUCAGCAGGAGGGGACAGAGAGCCUGAGAGAGGGAACCAGUGGUUUAGAUAGAGAGGACAGACCAGGACGUCCACGUAGGGAACCUGUCCAGGAUCUCCGCUUCAGCUCCACCGGGGACUUUGUAGGCUUUGUCAGCCCAGGCUCUCCUGCGGGUCGUCCUAGUCCAGGGAAGCAGAACCUGGAGCCUUGGGAUGGAACUCAGCCUACCAACAGGUACAGCGGUGGAGGGGUUGACUGCACGAUCAAAGAACUAUUGGUGCAAUCUAAUCCCAAAGAGUGGAAUGGCAGAGUAUUGACUAGAGUGAAUGGGGCUACACAGAACUGCAGGACUGAGAACAACCUGGUAGGAGAAAACCAAUGUGGACCCAUGUCAGGGACAACAACCAGAAAGACCUCGAGGGCUAAGAGUGUGAACAGGAUAGGAGACGUCAACCAACAGAAACACGAACACACGGGACGACCGCGGUCACACACUCUAGAUGAUGGACAUACACAGCAGGAUGAAAGCCAAUCAGAACUGGACACGCCCUGGGAUGUUAAAUCUACCCGGCGACAGAGAUCUAGGCUACGCAGUAGUUCUACUAAUAGCAGAACAGUGGAGGGGGGACUCCGUCACAACAGCAGAACAGUGGAGGGGGGACUCCGUCACAACAGCAGAACAGUGGAGGGGGGACUCCGUCACAACAGCAGAACAGAGGAGGGGGGACUCCGUCACAACAGCAGAACAGAGGAGGAGGGACUCCGUCACAACAGCAGAACAGAGGAGGAGGGACUCCGUCACAACAGCAGAACAGAGGAGGAGGGACUCCGUCACAACAGCAGAACAGAGGAGGGGGGACUCCGUCACAACAGCAGAACAGAGGAGGAGGGACUCCGUCACAACAGCAGAACAGAGGAGGGGGGACUCCGUCACAACAGCAGAACAGAGGAGGGGGGACUCCGUCACAACAGCAGAACAGAGGAGGGGGGACUCCGUCACAACAGCAGAACAGAGGAGGGGGGACUCCGUCACAACAGCAGAACAGAGGAGGAGGGACUCCGUCACAACAGCAGAACAGAGGAGGAGGGACUCCGUCACAACAGCAGAACAGUGGAGGGGGGACUCCGUCACAACAGCAGAACAGAGGAGGAGGGACUCCGUCACAACAGCAGAACAGAGGAGGAGGGACUCCGUCACAACAGCAGAACAGAGGAGGAGGGACUCCGUCACAACAGCAGAACAGAGGAGGAGGGACUCCGUCACAACAGCAGAACAGAGGAGGAGGGACUCCGUCACAACAGCACAUUGGCAGAGUGGUGAAGGGAAGCUCCAACAAGUCCACUGAAAAUCCCCCCCCCCCCACAAUGCCUUCUUUCUGUGAAACAACGUUGGAAAACUAAUGUCCUAGCUAGCAGUCUGAUAAUACAUGUUUAUUUAGUUAUUUAAUUAAUGGUGUGUGGACUGGAUUGGAUUUAGGGGCAAACAUGUAAAACCCAAGAUAAGAAAUGAAAUCUAUGAAAUGCAAAAUUAUAGAUUAAGGCUGGGCGGUAUACUGUAUUAUACUGUAUGGGUCAAUGAUGAAUAAGAUUUUCAAAAGUGAAAAAAAUAAAACAGGGAAAAAUAUGAUUUUUGAAACACUUUGUAUGUUCCCUAUGCAUAUUCAGGGUUUGUCGCCCAAAAAUGUGCACAUUUUAACUGUUCAAUUUACCUCCUAAAAAAAAAAUAUAUAUAAAUAAGGCUAUAAAUAUUUUCAACAAAUAAUAUUCUGACCAUUAAGUAUUCAACAUCAAAGAAGUAAAACAAUUACAGUAUAAUAGAUCUUCACUGGACGAUCCCUCAUUUUGAAUGACUGUUAACUACAACUUCGGUAAGACAAAUGAAAACCAUAUCAAAUUUAACAAAACAUUUAUUUUUCUCUUAUAGUCUGAGCUUCUCUGCAUUUCUGAUACAAAAUAAUGUUGUUUUUUUAACAUUAAAAACACUGGUUGAGCCAAA